UUCAAAAUAGUUUUUUAUUAAAACUUCUUUUCUUUACAUUUAUAUUUAACUUGGUUACAAUUUGCAUUAUUAUAAAAUGUAAUUAUAUUUAUCAAAUGAAAGUUCGACAUUUAUAUCAAGAGGAACUUUUAAACAGUUAUAACUUACCGACUGCAAUUCUAAAAAAUAACGAAACUUUAAAAACUUUAACCGUAUACCACUUCAAUGACGAUUCCCCUCGAAAUUCAAUUUUAGAUAAAAUGAUCCAACCAUCUAUUUCAAAAGAUAUUAUGAUGAAGCGGUAUAUGGAAAACAAUAAUUUAGAAUUAAGUAAAAACACAGUGUAUAAAAGUUUAAAUGUUUUGAAAUUAAGUAAACCUGAACAAAUAAACAUGAUUCUUAUUGUAUCCUCUGCACCAUCUCGAUUUGAUCGAAGACUUGCAAUUCGUCAAACUUGGUGGAAACAAUGCAAAUCUACUUCAAAGUUAUCUGUUAAAUGCGUGUUCUUGACUGAUUGGAAAGAUCCAAAAACAGAUGGACUUCAUCUUUUAUUAGAGUCAUAUAAAUAUGGAGAUAUUUAUUUUCAAAAUUUGACAGGUGGAUACGACUUUGGAAAACGAUUUCUUUAUCAUAUGGCAUGGGCCAUGCAAAACUUCAUCUUUGAUUAUUUCCUUCGAACUGAUGAUGAUUAUUUUUUAUGUAUAAAAAAACUUCUUGACGAAAUACCAAUGCCUCCUAAAAAUCUCUAUCAUUGGGGUUGGGUGCAUUGUAUUAAAGAUAUGGUGCGUCCUGACGAAAGUAUAAUUUUAUUAUCAAAAGAUUUAAUUGAAAAAUUUUUAUACCAAGAUCCUCAAAAAAUGUUAUGUCAUCGUUGGGGUGGGCAAAUGAUUGGAAUUUGGAUAAAUAAUCUAGGUAUAAACAAUUUUCGUUAUAAACAUGAUACCCGCUUACACCAUGAUCCGCCAGCUGAACACGUACCCUAUUUUAAUAAUAAAACUGACAUAUGUUCUUCUUAUAUUGGAAUUCAUGGCAGUUAUCCAAGUAAAAUGAGAUCGUUUUGGAACUCAAGUAAUUUUAAUACAUUUAUAAACAACAAAACACUCGAUGAACACUGUGUAUAUUGCAAAUAUAAUCAAACCAUAAAUUGGAAGUUAUUUUUUGGUGAAUGGAAAGCUGAGCCCAAAUUAUGCAAAGAUAAUCCUAAUUGGGGUGGAAUGUUUGGAGCUACCUAUCCCGGACGCCAAGGUCCGUAAACAGUUUAUAACAGUAUUAAAUUAGCUUUUGUUUUUAUAUCAAUUUCAGCAUAUCGUUUGUUUUUACGGCAAUUUCGAUUUAUUCAACAUUUAGUUAUUUAUGGAUAUAAUAUUUUAAAUAAUUAUUGAUUUAAAUUCUUAUAGCUAUACAAAUUUUUUAAUUCAUAAUUAGUUUUGAAUAUUUAUUAACUUAAAUAAUUAUUUGUAAACUUAACUUAUUAUUAUUAUUAUCAAACUAUAACGACAAGUCGUGAGAAAUGGCAACUAUAAAGACCAUAAAAUUAAAACUAUAUAGUUUAAAAUUUUCAUUUUUUUGUAAAUUUAUCAUUAUUGUUUUUAAAAAUGUUUGUUGUUUUUCAGUUUUGACAGUUUACUGGUAGUUAAUUCCAUUUUUUGACUAUCCUGUUUGAGAAGUUGUACCAAACAUCAAACCUGUUUUGUUCUCUGGUUAGAAAGUUUCUUAGCCUUGUGCCAUGGUCGUGAUUUUCUUAAGUUGAUCUUGAACAACUCAAGAAAAGUUUAUUUUAUUUAGCCUUUUUUGAAUUUUGAAUUGUUGAAUUGGUCUCCUUUUGUUUGUCUUUCUUCCAGUGUUGUGAGACCAAGGCAGUGGAUCCUAUCCUCGUAUGUCUUACCAAUAACUUUUCUUACUAGAUUAGUUGCCCUUCUCUGAACUGCCUCAGCUGCUUUAAGUAUUCUAAUUGGAUCCCAUAUGGAAAUGGUAUUGACGUGAAGAGCAUUUAAAAGUGGUAAUUUUAAGGUAUUAGAUUGAGUUUUUCGGCUCACCCAAUAUGCGUUUUGAGUUUGCUAAUACAGAAUUUAUUUCCGGUCCCAUUUUGAGCCAGAGUUAAUUAAC